UUUAGUAUAAGGUGUAACUAUCUGGUUCACAUAAAUGCUUUGUCCACGCCGGUUAAGUGGCAAACGUGUGCAACAUCGAUUAUAUUUUCUCAAAUAAUUAAAUUAUUCCAUCAAAUGGAGCUCUGUGCAAUUUGGAUAUAAAGCCAUAUCGUCGGGAUGUGUUUAUUCCGAUAAUAGGACAAACAAUUCGGCUUGUUUGCGAUCAUAUCGAUCAUACCAUUGUAUGUAUGUAUGUACAUCAAUAUACAUAUGAGUAUGAAAGACAUUGUUCAACAGGUCGAAAACAUAUGUAAAUAAAGACAUGUAAUGUGCAUUAGACGAAAUCAAAGUAGUGCGAUUACGUACAUAUAUGGCGAAGAAGAAUUGCUGAGGAACGCAAGACUACAUUGGGCAUUUCUUAGAAAUUGAUAUUUGUAUGUCAAGAAAGGGUUCCCCCAAUAUAUGUACUUACGAUCGCCUCCGAUUGUACGCAGUAUUCGAUAUCAGAGUUCCCCAAAAAUUCUUGAUAAUUCGGCACUCAUAAAUGGCUUAAGGGUGCCCCCAGACUCAACAAUGGAUCUUUUAUGUUCGGAAAACCUAGUUGGUGAAUCUGAUUCAUCAUUGUAUCGCCUAAACAAAUGCCAAGAGAAAAUGUCUGCGCCAUAUCCAACAUCGUCAAUGGGUGCUAUAAAACCCCAUACGGAUCCAGAGCCGGUGCAAAGUCCUUCGGAAUAUUCUCAGAACAACCAGAUGGACGAGAAGAUUAUGUACAUAUAUGCAUCGGUAGACGCGGCUGGGAAGAAUCAAGAAGAAUUGGAGCCAGAAGUACCAGUAGCAGCACCACCAACGCAAUCAUCUCUACAAAGUUAUGCGCAUUACAUCAGCCAGGAACCGAAGUCACUGACCACGUCGCAAACACAAUCACAAUCACAGUCCCAGCGUUAUAAUGAUCGGGUGCCCAAAACUGCCGAUUCACCCGCCACGGACAACGUGAACACCGCCAUCGGGGAUCCCACACUGUACUCGGAUCGGUGCCUGGAGAAUGCCCUCAAGGCCGAGGAGAAGUACCACCAAAUUGUGGACACUUACUUCACUAUCCAGAAGGAUAUUACGCCGCCAAUGCGAAAAAUUGUCGCCGAAUGGAUGAUGGAAGUGUGUGCUGAAGAGAAUUGCCAGGAAGAGGUCGUGUUACUGGCAUUAAAUUACAUGGAUCGAUUUCUUUCGAGCAAAUCGGUGCGCAAGACGCAUCUUCAAAUUCUGGCUGCCGCCUGUCUUUUACUUGCUUCAAAACUCCGAGAACCCAGCUGUCGUGCACUUUCGGUAGAUCUACUAGUUGUUUAUACGGACAACAGCAUUUAUAAGGACGAUUUGAUUAAAUGGGAGCUGUAUGUACUCAGCCGUUUGGGUUGGGACCUUUCAUCUGUGACUCCCCUGGAUUUCCUUGAGCUUUUAAUGAUGCGCUUGCCGAUCGGAAGUAAAAACUUCCCAGACAUAAACAUUGGAAAAGUUAGGGGACAUGCUCAGGCAUUCAUAUCUCUGGCAGCAAAAGAGCAUAAAUUUGCCAAGUUUUCGGCCAGCACAAUAGCCGCAUCCAGCAUAGCUGCAUCGAUGAAUGGCUUGAAAUGGCAUUUGAGGUCGGGACACAACUUACACUUCCUGUUGAGUCUUAUGACUGAUCUAACCAGCGUGGAGCAAGCUCAGGUGCAGGAUUGCAUGUUGCAUAUGGAGGACAUCUUCAAAGAGCACAGUCGAAACCUGCAGCCCUUUCUAGUGAACAUAGACCCCUCGCAGAUGUCCACGCUGUACUACCAGGGACGUUUUCAGAUACAUCAAGCCCAGCACCUCUCGCAAAUCUCAUUACGAUCCUUGCCUCUGCCGAAAACAUCAGCCGACUGUGUGGAACAGCAUCAGCAGCACAACUUCGGCUCGGCAGCGCCUCACCGAACACAUACAUGCAAAAUGCAGGCGCAGGCCCAAAAUGAGCUACAAGACAUUACAUUUUGAGGUGUCAAAUAGUAAUACAAGCAGAUAGUUAUGCUAGAUUUAAAACUAAAAUAUAUAAUAUACCAUUUUUACUACUGUAUAGGAUCACGAUUACUUUAUAUUCCUAUGACUGUAAGAUUGGUCAAUAUCAUAUUAAUUACGUCUGUACCGAUGUAUUUCAUUAACCCAACUAUUGCGACCAAUUUAUGGGUUUUUAAUUUAGCUAUCAUUAAUAAAUUGUAUAAAAUAGCGUUAGACAAUCAUCAUGAAACUUUAAAAUGGAAAAAACAUUAAAACGAGACUGAAUGUAAACAGUAAAGCAACAUUUUAUAUAUUGUGUAUAUAAGCUUUUCGAAAACCUACCCAGGCAACCAAAAAAUAUCGAACUAUUAAAAUAAAAGUUUUCAAAACCCA